GGUCUUGGUGAGAAUGUGAAGUCAAGCACGCAGCCCAAGGAGGUGAAAGCCCUGGAGGGGCCCACGUGAGUCAGGUGUCAUGCGGGAUGGGCCACACCAUUAUGGUGGUGCGGGACGAGACUGAUAAGGACAAGGAAAUCUUGGAGAAGUUGAAAGAGAUUCCCCUCUAAGGAGGAAUUGCUUUUGGUAUUUUUUUUUAUUAUUAUUAUUAUCUUUUGUUUUAUAUUUUUUUCUUUCUCUUUUUGAACAAUUAGAAAGACACUCCAGAAGGACCACUGUUGCAAACAUGUAUAUACGUACAAGUACGCAUAUAUAUCUAUAUAUCAGCCAGGUAUCAACCUAUUUUGUAUUUUGUUUCUUCUGAAAAAUAUGUAGCAAGUAUUACAAAGAAAAAAUAAUAAUUAAAGAAAGACAACAGUGUAAAACACAGUUGUUGGUACAAACAUAAAAGGAGAGGCAACAUGGCAGUUUUGUAAAUGAGGAAGGUAACGAGUUGGCUAAGGGAGAGUGGCGAGAACUGGCCUCAACUUGUGAUGCCAUUGACUUGACCAUUGACCUAGGAGUCCAUCUCUCCCUGGGUGCGGCUCUGAGUCGUUUCAGAACAGUCCCCUGAGUAGUUUUGGGUAGCUACCCCUUCUACCUCAUGCUAGGCUGA